UGAUGGUAGCGGAUUGAGAUAGCCGUUUGCGAAUCUUGAUGAGAAGCGACGGUCGAACGUGAUGGUGUUGCAUCCUUAUGACAGCUUCAGCACCGCCUCCGCCCGAGCCAUGCAGCCGGCCCAGGAGCCGCCGCGGGUGACUGGCUUAGGCGUCGGCCUCGCCGUCUCCGUCGCGGCCUUCCUCCUGGUGGCGGCCACCGGAAUCGCCUCCUACUAUUGCACCAGAAUGAGGGAGGAGGAUGACGCCAUGGCAGCGCGGGGGGCGGCCGCCGCCGCCGGCAUUGACGAGGCGACGCUGAUGAGGUGGCCGAAGGUGGUGUACUCGGAGGCGGCGGACGCCUGCGGGGGGCUGGAAAAGGGAUGCUGCGCCAUUUGUUUGGGGGAGUAUGGUGAAGGGGACGUGCUGCGGCGGCUGCCGGAUUGCGGACACCCCUUCCACGUGGAGUGCGUGGACCCUUGGCUGAGGUCGCACUCAUCCUGCCCCGUCUGCCGCACGUCGCCGGAGAAGCCGGCGAAGAUGAAACCGGCCCCGCCUCCGCGGGCGGUGGUCUUGUCAAUCGAGUCAUGACUUGUGUAACUAUGAAGAAAGCCUGCAAAUUUCAUCCCGCAUGAUCAUUUGUUUUUAUCAUGUAUAGUCUUUUUUAUAAAAUUCUCAUUUAUGCGACGAAGGCGAAUAAGCUCGGUCCUCCGUCAGUAAUACACUCGCAUCCAGUACACCAAUCAGCUCGCUCCAAGACUAAUGCGGAGAAGAUAAAUUAUAUGAUUGAGAUGGUAAAUGAUAGAUGAGGUGAUAAAAUUCUCAUUUAUGAUCAUGCUUUGCAUGAAUUUUUUUUAUUGCGUUUCAUAUGCAAUCCAUUCGCUGGAAAUCAUGUUUUAUUUUCAGAAGAAUUGAGAAACAAACUGCUGGUUAAGCUAUAUAUAUAAACCAAUAA